AUGGGAACACCACUUAAUCAAUUAAAUAGCGUUGCUGGAAGUUACACUCCAAUCUUCGAGAAAAAAUUGAUUGAAAAAGAUCGUGCAGAUGGAUACUGGAUUGAAACUUUUCAAGUAGACAGCAAAGGUCCUGUUGGAUUGAUUGCCUUUGGACUUGGUAGUGGAGAUUUAAACCUAUAUCAAAAUUUAUCCGCAAUUCAAGAACCAGUAAAAGGUAUUUUUAUUCAAAAUUUUUCGGUUCCUGUAGCCAUAGAUCAGGCUGAUAUAACAAACGAUGGCUUCAACGACGUUAUUGUCUGUUAUAAAUACGGCGAAACAAUGUUAGACACGGAUCCCGAAGGAGGAUUAAUCGAAUGGCUGGAAAAUCCUGGUCUAACUACCGAUAACAAACCAUGGAAAUCGCAUUAUGUUGGGAAAUCCACAGCUAUGCAUCGACUUAGAGUUGGCCAUUUUACACAAACAGAACGUUGGGAAAUCAUAGGUUUCCCUGUUGUCAGCAGACCAUAUGAUUUAUAUUCACCAGUACCUGUAUUCUUAUUUCGACAACCUGAUAAUGUGUUGAAUGCUACAGAAUGGCCUCAUGAACUGAUUCGCGGGGACUAUUUUAGUUUAAUUCAUGAUUCAGUACGAAUCAAUGAUGGCCAACUGGAUAGUAUUUUAAUUGCAUCAAACGAAGGCAUCAAUUUGCUAUAUUUUGAUCAAAAUUUAAACGAGUGGAUAAUAAAACAUAUUGGGGACGGUGAAAAAGAUCAAAAACAACAAAUAGGAUUUCAUGGCAGUGGCGGUAUGCAUAUAGGACGCAUAAAAAAUGAUCCCUUUGCCUAUAUUCCUGCCAUCGAACCUUUUCAUGGAAAUGUAAUUUCUGUCUAUGUCAAAGAUACGAAUAGUUCUUUGAGAGAAAGUCAAUGGAAAAGAUAUAUACUGGAUGUUUAUGGAUAUCCUAACGAAAACGGCGAAAGUUCAGGCCAUUAUGUCGUUUGUGCUGACUUUGACAAAGAUGGAGACGAUGAAUUUUUAGUUUCACAUCGUGGACCACCUCCAAAUCAAGGUGUCUUCUUCUAUAAGCCUAUCGAUAUUUCUCGUGGUUUAUUUGCUAAAUGGAAGAUUAGCGACGAUUCAGUUGCUAGAAUUGCUAUAGCUGAUUUUGAUAAUGAUAAUGCAAUUGACUUCGCAACAAUUACCUACACUGUUAAAGGUUAUUAUGAAGCACCAAAUCCUUCCAUUGACAUAUUUUAUAAUCGAUUCGCUCAAAAGCAACUACAAGUUGAAAAAGAGAUACAGGUGACGAAGCAGAAUAAUGAUCUUCUAUUCAAAGUUCCAAGACCACAUAAAGCAUUACAAUAUGAAGAAUUACCAUUUCUCACCAUCAAUGGAUUAAAUUUAUCAUUAGCAAUUGUACCACCUCAUAGUUCACGUUCAGUGGACCAAAGUACCUAUAUCAAAGUUCUUUCUGGCACUAUUAUGUGGAGGGACUCUGGAAAAGGGGAGCAUCCACCCGUUGAACAUUCACGUGUAGCUUUCACUGAACCCAGAACCAUCGCGUCUCUUGACAUACACAGUGAUAAUCCGAGAGUAAGAACUGGAGAUGACGGUGCUCUUUUAAUUGUAUUCAAGACACGUGAUAACGUGAAUGGUAUUCAACUAGUCGAAGAUAUAAACAAAUUAAUUCUUGAAAACUCGUUACCGGAAUACUCUCCUGAAGAUGCUCGUCAAUUUAGUUUUCAAUUUCACCGAUACGAUAAAUAUGACUCAAGACCACAAUUCAAAGAUCUCGAAUUUUAUAAUAUGAAAGGUAUCAGGAUAGACUUUCUGGAUAAUAAUGAAAACCUGUGCUACAUGCAAUUCUGGGCUGCUGGACAAGGAGUUAAUGCUGGUGUACAUAAUCAUGCAACAGAUACAUUUUGUGAAAUUCACGUAUGUCUUAUCAAUGGAAGCGGAAAAGGAGGCAUGCACUAUCUUAGUAGUUCUAAAGAAGCAUACGAUCCACUUACUACACUGGAUUCAGCAUUCAAACAGUUACCAUUACCAGCCUUUUACGAGCAUGGCCCUCUAUGGGACAUCGAUGCACAAAAUAAACCAGUUGUGCGAAGUAAUGGCACUGUAGUGUAUCCUUGGCACAAAUGGCAAGCGGGUAUAGAUACAUCAUUGAGUCAAUCGUUUGAUAUUUGGGUAGUUUUUGAAUUCAACAAUCGAAUGUCGGCACUGCCUUUCACUAGUGCAUCAAGCCAACGAUCCAUUCCAAACAUGCUUAAUGCAGUUUUUGCAAUACUCCUCAUUUGCAUUCACUCUGAACUCCUACACGAGUUAGACUAUUUUGAAAAAGGCCAUUUGAAUUGA